GAGGCGAAAUCACUCCCGGAGAGGGCGUGAUCAUUCCCGGAGAGAUGUUUCGCACAGCUCUUUUGGUGCUCCUGGUGGUGGCCCUCAGUGGCGCCAGUCCCCUGGUGAAACCCAUCCCGGGAAGCAAGCCCUGGAGGUCACGUCUGGACGGCAGGAUUGUCGGGGGUUCCGCUGUCAGCAUCUCCCAGUACCCAUGGCAGCUCUACUUCACCAUUGGCAACUACAUGUGCGGCGCCUCCAUCAUUAGCAACACCUGGGCUCUCUCUGCAGCCCACUGUGUGGAUGGAUUCUCCAUCAGCCAAAUGCUGUUGCGGGCUGGCACCUCCACCAGGGGUAGUGGAGGUACCACGCACAGCAUCGCCACUGGCUACAUUCACGGAAGCUACAGUGGCAACGACUACGACAUCUGCGUCGUCCAAGUUUCUAACGCCUUCAGCUUCGGCACCAACGUUCAGGCCGUGGGUCUCGCAUCGUCAGAGCCCUCUGCUGGAACCUCAGUAACAGUCACUGGCUGGGGAACCACCUCGUCUGGCGGCAGUGCCUCCAACACGCUACUAGGUGUCACCGUCCAGAUCAUAGACCGCAACACGUGCAACCGUUCGUAUGGCAGCAUCACAAGCCGCAUGAUCUGCGCAGGAGUGACCGGAGGCGGCAAGGACGCCUGCCAGGGAGACAGCGGCGGUCCUCUGGUGUCCGGCUCCACCCAGGUGGGCAUCGUCUCCUUUGGCAACGGAUGCGCCUUGGCCAACUACCCGGGGGUUUACAGCAACGUAGCCAACCUGAGGUCCUGGAUCCAACAAGCUUCUGGCGUCUAAACCAUGAAACAGCUACACUGCACAAAUAAUUUUCAUUUACUUAAACUUCUGAUUUGAUCCAUUAUAAAUGGUUUUUGAAAGCCUGCGACUGUAGAUACAAUAGGUUUGUUUAGAAAUAAAUAAAUAAAUCUUUUGCUACCAGCCCCAUUUAUAAACAAACCUAUUACUUGAACUUGGCGUUAAUUUUUUGCAGGUUCGUUGUUGUCAACAUAAAUAAUGUUUGCAUGUAAUAAAUUUCACAUUCAGUAUGCUUAAA